AUGUUUCCACGCGCGACCGUAGCAGUUGUCGCGCUGCUGGGCGCCGCCACGGCUUGGCCCAGUCAACAUGAUCAACUACACAAACGUGCGGAGAAAUACGACUAUGUGAUUGUGGGAGGUGGUGUAUCUGGUCUUGUGGUCGCAAAUCGGCUCUCUGAAGACAAGAAGAAGACCGUUCUAGUCAUUGAGGCUGGUCGCGCCGAUGAUAACCCAGACAUCCGUCUACCUUAUGCUGCGACUUAUGCAGGGAACAAUAGUCUUUUCUGGAACAUCCCUGCAGAACCCGAUCCAUUUCUUGCGAACCUCACCUACAAAGGCCUGGCCGCGAAGGUACUUGGCGGUGGUUCGAUAGUCAAUGGAAUGAUGUAUGAUCGAGCUGCUGCAGCUGAUUAUGACGCUUGGGAGGCGCUGGGAAACAAGAACUGGGGCUGGAAUGGUAUCUACCCUUAUUUCAAGAAGGGAACCAAGUUCAUUCCCCCGCCACCGGAAACCAUUAAGGAAUUCGGAAUUACUUGGGACCCUGAGGCUUAUGGUGACGGACCUUUGAAGCUUGGUAUUUCUGACUUCCAGUUCCCUGAUAUCAACGAGUAUUUCAAAGCCUUCAAGGGAGCAGGUGCACACAUGCCUGUCGAUGGCAACAACGGGGAGGGUUAUGGAGCGUCAUGGUGGCCCAACACAAUGAACCCCGAAGUCGGCGAAAGGUCACAUGCUCGCAACUCUUACUACGAUCCUGUUUCCGACAGACCAAAUCUCAAAGUUCUUUUGGAGACGACUGUCGAUGAACUGGUGUUUUAUGAUAGCCAGAAGCUCGAAGUAAAGGGCGUCAAGAUCACUAACUCGAAGACGAAGACAUCAACAAUAGUGCAUGCUAAAAAAGAGGUGAUUCUAGCAGCAGGUGCGUUGGGCACUCCGAGACUUCUUCAGCUGAGUGGCAUCGGUCCACGGUCCGUGCUUGAAGCUGCUGGUAUUCAAGUAAAACUUGAGCACGAUGGUGUUGGGACGAACUUCCAAGACCACCCUUACAUGGGUCUUGCAUUCAACUUGUCCAACAUGAGCACACCAAACCCAACUUCCUGGAGUGAUCCAAAAUUCAACGCUUCUGCAUGGGAGGAGUACCGUGCCAACAGGACUGGCCCCCUCACCCAAGCUCGAGGCAACGCCUUGGCAUUCAUCCCGCUUCCUGAAGUCGACCCUGAGAGGUACCAAAGCCUUGCAAGUCAAUUGAAGAGCCAAGAGGAUUGCUCGCACUUGCCGUCAAUUUACAAGAACAGCAAAAAGCUGCUCAAGGGUGUCCGAGCCCAACGCGAGGUGCUCGCUGGUCUAUACCAGAACGACAAGGCGGCCAUUGCCGAGUACGCAGUUCCAGCAGCAGGCUUCUUUGAGCUUAUUGCACUUGAGAAACCGGCCUCCCGUGGAACUGUCAUGAUUGAUCCUGCAAAUCCUCAAGGCCCAGCCAGGGUCUUUUACAAUACAUUGAGCAACCCUCUAGAUAAGGCCUUGCUUGCGUCAUCCAUUCGUUACAUACGCCGGGUAUUCGCUCGUCCAGAGCUUAAGCGGUUCUCCCUUGUCGAGACCUCACCAGGUGCAAAGUACACCACCGACGACGAGAUCAUUAAUGUUUUGGUUAAGACGGGUGCUAUCAGUCCAUCAUUGGCACAUCCUUCUUGCAGUUGCCCUAUGAUGCCGGAAGACAUGGGUGGCUGCGUGUCGGACGAGCUUUCCUUCUACGGAGUCAAGCACCUGUCCAUUGUCGAUGCAUCCAUCAUGCCUCUAAUUCCCUCGCAACAUCUCCAAGCGACUGUGUAUGCUGUUGCCGAGAAGGCUGCUGACAUCAUCAAGAACAGGGGCUAA